AUGGCGUACGCCAACUCGAAACCGUUGUACCCCGUACAAGCGGGUGGACCCUCGCCGCUUCAUUUCCGCGGCUUGACCCUCGGUAGGUCUCAUAGACACACUCCGUCCUCGCCCUCGCCCAUCACGGUGCACCACUUGUGGCCCCGCUCGCUUGAGACUCGUGUGGGGCGCCCCCCGGACCACGCGGUCUCAAGCCCGCCACUUUAAGCAUCGCCCUAUACCCAGUCGUGUGGGUGUGGCUUGCAGGAUCAAUAUACUGACCCUUUUCUUCUCAAACUAGGUCGCCUCGAAACCUUCGAGCGUGGUCCGUACGACAACAUCCACUCGGUCCUGUACGAGCACCGCAUCGACGAUCCCGAGCACAUUCAGAUCGAAUCGUGGAGCUCGCCCGGAAGGACCAAGGUGAGAGCACAGUCGUCGUCAUGACACCGAUACUAUUUCGGCCUCAAGUGCUAAUGAUUUGCAUCCAUCGUCGUGCAGACACCUUUCAAAGAGGCCAUCAAGCAAAAAUUCAAGCCGGCCAAGAAGGGCGACCACUUUGGGCCUUCGUGGUCUCAGUCAGUAUCCUUCGUAUAUCACCGCGUCCCGGUGACCCAAGCACUCAUCUCAAACACGAAACUUGAAACCUGCAGUCACUGGUUCCGUAUCACCAUCAACUUGCCGGGCUCCUGGGCCAAUGCAGACCGCGUUCAGCUCGAGUGGGAUCCGGGAUGCGAAGCCAUGGUCUACGACACCGAGGGCUUGACGCUGCAAGGUAUCACCGGUGGCUUCGGUGUCGAUCGUCACAUCGAAUUUAUUCUCGACCCCAAAAAGAGGAGCUCGACCUACAGAGUGAGUGCCCAUGCUUGACAGAACUGCUCCCAACCACAUUGCAAAUUCUGACUGCGAUAGUACCUUCCGGAUCGCAGUUAUACAUCGAAGGUAAGCGCCUCUAGUAGGCAGGUCAGGACCCAAUUCGCCCACUACUAACGCGGGUCUACUACUCGGAUGCGCUUAUGUGCCGAAACAAAAAGUCGCGUGCAACGCCAUGUUCGGUGAGUCGCUCACUGCCGACUAUUUCGCCCACCGAGCCGAGCAAACCCGUUCCCUGCCCAACGCAGGCAACGGCACGCCCGACAACAACGAUCCCCCCGACAACAGUCGCAUGUUCCAGGUACGUCUUCAACUUGCACUAUCAUUGCAUGCACUCUGUUGACUCGUUUCCGCGCGAUGGCACAGCUCGCCACGGCCGAUCUCGUCGUGCCUCGCAUGGACGCGUGGCAACUCCGCUGGGACUUCCGCACAAUGAACGACUUGGCCCGUGCUCUCCCCGAAAACUCGCCCCUCGGCAACAAGUGCUUGGAGGUGUGCAACGCCAUCAUGAAUACGUUCAAGGCCGAUGACCUGUCGACGAUCGCCAAGUGCCGCAGGCUCGCCGAAAAGGUCUUUGGUCAGGGCUGGGAGGAACUCGGCCACAAGAUCUUCAAGGGCGACCCCGCCGACGCGAUGACGUGGGGUAUCGGCAACUGCCACAUCGACACGGCGUGGCUGUGGCCAUACUCGGCGACGCGUCAAAAGACGGCGCGAUCGUGGUCGACCCAACUCGAUCUCAUGGACCGCUAUCCCGAGUACACGUUCGUCGCGUCGCAGGCGCAACAGUUCAAGUGGCUCGAGGAGGACUAUCCGCUCUUGUUCCAAAAGAUCAAGGGUCGCGUCGAGUCGGGCGAGUUCCAACCGAUCGGGGCGGCGUGGGUCGAAUGCGACACCAACAUGCCCUCGGGAGAGGCUCUGUGCCGCCAAUUCCUGUACGGACAGCGCUACUACAAGUCGCGCUUCGGCAAGUACACGCGCACGUUCUGGCUACCGGACUCGUUCGGGUACUCGUCGCAAUUGCCGCAGCUGUGUCGCUUGGCUGGGUGCGACUUCUUCUUCACGCAAAAGCUCAGUUGGUCGCAGUUCAACGCUCCGGUGAGUUACGUCGAGCUCUGUAGGACAGGCUGGUUUUGCACGGUCCUAAUCUUCCAAUCGACGCCUCGUCGCAGGUCCACACCUCGUUCAAGUGGGUCGGCCAAGAUGGGUCGCAGGUUUUGACCCAUAUGACGCCCGUCAAUACGUACACGGCCCAAGCCUCGGUCGACGAUGUCCGCAACUCGAUCAACAAUCACAAAUCGCUCCAAUCUGGCGCCGCGACCGGCUUGCUCGCGUUCGGCAAUGGUGACGGUGGCGGAGGACCGCUGUCGCACAUGCUCGAAAAUCUGCGUCGAUGCCGCGCCGUCGCGGACCACUCGGGUGAGUUGCCCAAGGUCACGAUGGGCAAGACGGUCGAUCUCUUUUACGAAGACAUCCUUAACAAGUCCGAGGGUGGCGCGACGCUGCCCACGUGGAACGGGGAGUUGUACCUCGAGCUGCAUCGUGGUACGGCGACUUCGCACGGCUCGAUCAAGAAGGGCAACCGCAAGAGCGAGAUCUUGUUGCGCGAAGUCGAAUAUGCCGCCACGCUCGCCUCGGUCUGGGGCGCAACCAAGAAAGGCUACUCUUACCCCAAGGACAAGAUUGACCCGUUGUGGGAAGGGGUUCUACUCAAUCAGUUCCACGACGUCCUGCCCGGUUCGGGUAUUGCGCUCAUCUAUGAGGAUGCCGAGAAGGUGAGCUCGAAGUCGAGCUUGUUUCGAGAUCGUUGGGUGAUAUCUGGCUGCUAAUGCGAAGCUUCUUUGCGGCCUCAGAUCUACGCCGAGACGGCCGAAAAGGGCGGAGCGCUGCUCGAAGAGGCACUGCGUGUUCUGUUGCCCGGUUCCGUUCGAGCCGACGACGUUAACGCCGAAGGGGACGAGCUCGUCGCGGUCAACACCACCAACUUUGCCCGUCGCGACCUGGUCAAGAUCCCGCUCGCCGGAGCCCGCGCCCUCGCUGAUGCGGCAAUUCAGCUCAGCCACGAUGGAGCGGCCUACGUCCUGUUCGAGAACGACGGCGCCCAGCCCCUAUCGAGCACGACCUCGAUCGAGGCGCUCAACCUAGUCCCCGCUCGAGCGCGCGCCGUCGGCUCCGACUAUAUCCUGUCCAACUCGCAGCUCAAGGUGACCGUCAACAAGAAGGGUCGGAUCACGAGCCUGAUUGACGUCGAGCUGAACCGCGAGUUGAUCGAUGAGGGCAAGACCGCGGGCUUUGUCAUUUUUGAGGACCGCCCGCUCAACUGGGACGCGUGGGACAUUGACGUCUUCCACCUCGAGACGAAGGAGGACGUCGAUGCCUCUUCCGUUGAGGUGCUCGAAGACGGACCGAUGCGCGCCUCGAUCGUCGCGACGUACCACGUCGGCAAGAGCAAGGUCAAGGCGACGAUUUCGCUCGACGCGAUCGCGCCCGUCGCCAAGAAAGACGCGCUCAGCUUGGUGCGCUUCGACACCGAGGUCAUGUGGUUCGAAAAACACCGCUUCCUCAAGUGGGAGGUUCCCCUCGCGAUCUCGAGCGAGUACGCGACGUACGAGAACCAGUUCGGUGUGUGCCAGCGGCCGACGACGCGUAACACGACGUGGGACCGCGCAAAGUUCGAGGUCGUCGGGCACAAGUUCGCCGAUUUGAGCGAGUUCGGUUACGGCGUUGCCUUGCUCAACGAUUGCAAGUACGGCUACGCUUGUGAGGGCAACGUCCUACGCUUCUCGUUAUUGCGUGCACCGACCUCACCCGAUCCGCACACCGACGAAGGCCACCACGCCUUCUCGUUCGCUCUGCAGCCCCAUCGAGGUAGUUUCGUCGAGUCCGACGUCCCCAUCGCAGGUUGGCUCUUCAACCAACCCCCGCAAGUCCGCCGCAUACCUCGCGUCAGUUUUCAAGCCGCCUUGGCGCGCGAUGCCGUCCCUCAACCUUUCAAGCUCGAAGGUACGCGCAACAUCAUGCUCGACACCAUCAAGCGUGGCGAAGAGGACCAUUUCAGCGGUAAAGGAUCGACGACGGAGCCUCAGACCGUCGUGCUUAGGUUCUACGAGGCGUUCGGUGGCCAUGGUCAAGUCGACGUCGUCUCCCCUCUGGCGAUUGAAAGUGCGACGAUUUGCGAUCUGCUCGAAAGGGAUCUCGAGGAUGUAGAGGUUGUGCAAUCCCUUAAGGGUGGGAAGGAUAUGAGUUCGUUCAAGCUAAAGUUCAGGGGUUUCCAAGUCGUUUCCGUCAAGGUGACACUCGCGACUUCAAGCGGUGGUGGGAAGAAGGAGGAGCUCAAGGGGAGCAAGCGGGAUGAGCAGUGGUUGGAGUUGUAA